GCAGUAGCGGCACGCGCAUCUCAGGAGAGAGGAGGAUAGUGCAUCUGCAGAGCUCGAGACGCUUUCUGAGCGAACCUGGAAUGACGCCAUGAGCUCGCAUCGUGUGUGAUGAAGGUAAAGUUUUGGUAGGAACCGCCACCGUAGGCUGAUGUGGCGUCGCGCGAGGAGCCCGAACACGACCAUGAAGCUGCUGUUUGUGGUGACACUCUUAUGGCGCGAGGCGUUGUGCGGAUCUCCGAGCGUCCAGAUCGGUGGUUUAUUCCCCAGGGGGGCAGAUCAGGAGUACAGUGCAUUCAGAGUUGGCAUGGUUCAGUUUGGGAUGGCAGAUUUCCGACUGACUCCACACAUAGAUAACCUGGAGGUGGCCAACAGCUUUGCUGUCACUAACUGCUUUUGUUCCCAGUUCUCUCGAGGUGUCUAUGCUAUUUUUGGCUUCUACGACAAGAAGUCAGUAAACACCAUCACAUCCUUCUGUGAGACAUUACAUGUCUCCUUCAUCACACCGUCUUUCCCAGCAGAAGGGAUGAAUCAGUUUGUUCUCCAGAUGAGGCCAGACAUCAAGGGGCCGCUAGUUUCACUAGUUGAGUACUACAAAUGGGAAAGGUUUGCCUAUCUCUACGACAGUGAUCGAGGUCUUUCUACUCUUCAGGUAAUACUGGACACUGCAGCAGAGAAGAAAUGGGUCGUCACAGCAAUCAACGUAGGAAACCUCAAAGAUGAGAGGAAGGAUGAAGCCUACCGCUCUCUGUUUCAGGACCUGGAGAUCCGUAAGGAGCGACACAUAAUCCUGGACUGUGAACAAGACAAAGUCAGAGACAUCAUGGAGCAGGUGAUCACUAUUGGCCGGCAUGUGAAGGGAUACCACUAUAUCAUUGCUAACUUGGGUUUUGUUGACGGCGACCUCGCUAAAAUCCAGUAUGGAGGUGCGAAUGUGUCUGGGUUCCAGAUAGUAGAUUUUGAUGAUCCUUUAGUGGCAAAGUUUGACCAGCGAUGGGAGGCGCUUGAAGAGAAGGAGUAUCCUGGAGCUGAUACACGGAUCAAAUAUACCUCAGCCCUCACCUAUGAUGCUGUCCAUGUGAUGACGGAGGCGUUCCGCUUCCUUCACAAGCAGAGAAUAGACAUGAGUCGCCGUGGCAACAGUGGAGACUGUCUGGCCAAUCCAGCAGUUCCCUGGGCACAGGGUGUAGAGAUUGAACGUGCCCUCAAACAGGUGCGUGUGGAUGGUUUAACAGGGAACAUUCAGUUUGACCAGUACGGGAAGAGAAUCAACUACUCAGUGACAGUCAUGGAGCUGAAGAACAGUGGACCUAUUAAGAUUGGCUAUUGGAAUGAGGUGGAUAAAAUGGUGGUGACAAAGUCAGACCUUUACCCCAACGACACGAAUGGAAUGGAAAACAAGACGGUCAUCGUCUCAACUAUACUGGAAGCCCCAUAUGUGAUGCUAAAGAAGAAUUCUGAGCUGUUUCAAGACAAUGACCGUUACGAAGGUUACUGCGUUGACCUGGCUACCGAGAUUGCAAAGCACUGUGGUAUCCGCUACCAGUUAAGAAUUGUGGGAGAUGGAAAAUAUGGAGCAAGAGAUGCAGAAACCAAGAUCUGGAAUGGUAUGGUUGGAGAGCUGGUUUAUGGGAAAGCAGAUAUCGCUGUUGCUCCUCUGACGAUCACUCUUGUUCGGGAAGAGGUGAUAGAUUUCUCCAAACCCUUCAUGUCUUUGGGAAUCUCCAUAAUGAUCAAGAAGCCACAGAAAUCUAAACCAGGAGUCUUCUCCUUUCUGGACCCACUGGCCUAUGAAAUCUGGAUGUGCAUUGUCUUUGCCUAUAUUGGAGUUAGUGUUGUACUCUUUCUGGUAUCCAGAUUCAGCCCCUAUGAGUGGACGCUAGAGGAGCCAGAGGAUGGAGCGAUGCCUCUGACAACUGAAUCAACCAAUGAGUUUGGGAUCUUUAACUCCCUUUGGUUCUCUUUGGGUGCCUUUAUGCGGCAGGGCUGUGACAUCUCACCAAGAUCUCUGUCAGGUCGUAUAGUAGGGGGUGUGUGGUGGUUUUUCACCCUGAUUAUCAUCUCAUCAUACACUGCCAACUUGGCUGCCUUCCUGACGGUGGAGAGGAUGGUGUCUCCCAUCGAGAGUGCAGAAGACCUGGCGAAACAGACAGAUAUUGCAUAUGGAACCUUGGACUCUGGAUCUACCAAAGAGUUCUUCAGGCGCUCAAAAAUUGCCUUGUUUGACAAGAUGUGGCAGUACAUGAAAUCAGCAGAGCCUUCUGUCUUCGUCAAGAAAACGUCGGAGGGCGUCCUGCGUGUCAGAAAAUCCAAAGGGAAGUACGCCUACCUGCUGGAGUCCACCAUGAACGAGUACAUCGAGCAGAGGAAACCUUGCGACACUAUGAAAGUGGGAGGAAACCUGGACUCCAAAGGCUAUGGCAUCGCCACGCCCAAAGGAUCUCCAUUAAGAAAUGCUGUGAACCUGGCGGUGUUAAAGUUGAACGAGCAGGGGCUGCUGGACAAACUGAAAAACAAGUGGUGGUAUGACAAGGGCGAAUGCGGCAGCGGAGGAGGGGAGAGCAAGGAGAAGACCAGUGCCCUGUCUCUCAGUAAUGUAGCAGGAGUCUUCUACAUCCUGGUUGGAGGUCUUGGUCUGGCCAUGAUGGUAGCGCUGGUCGAGUUUUGCUACAAGAGCCGUGCAGAGGCCAAAAAAAUGAAGGUGGCAGCCAACACCUUGUCAUCCCCCCAGCACACAGGAAACUACACACACACUUUGUCCUCUCCUCAACAUGCCCCCAACUUCAACCUGCUGUCCCCCAGCCACCAGCCAAACUACGCCACCUAUAAAGAGGGCUACAACGUUUACGGCAUUGAGAGUGUCAAGAUCUAACACGGAUGAAAUUCACAGAUGCAAUGCGCUCCAAAGCUCGUCUAUCCAUCACAGGAUCGACCAGUGAGAAUGGUCGUGUCCCAGUGGCUUACCUCCGUCCAGGAUUACCCAUGAGCCUCAGCAUGACUGAUCUGUCCUGACCACACCCAAGCCAGUGCCUUACAGCCAAUCGACACACAUCCUCCCUUCCCCUCUGAAAGUGAGUGGAAAUGCUUGUCAUCUUCUUCGGUGACCAAUUACCACUCACCGUGGGUGAUUUGCCCUGAAUUUCAAUCCGGAGUUUAGCCAAUCAUAUCUCUCUGAGGACUCCUGAUCUGCUCUUUAACAUCUAGCCCUAAAAGACUGGACAGAUGUUGUCCUCCCUUUACUUGGCUGUCAGGCUUUAGCAAAGACCUGCCCACCAACGAAGUGAAUCACUUGACCAUCACUGAGAAAGAUGGCUGGUCAUUUACAAAUUCAUGAAAAACAAUCAAGCACAGUGGACAGUUUUCUAAACAAACACACAUCAUUGUUUCGUAGAUUUUUGCCAUGGAGGCUAUAGAAACUAAGGACAACGGUGAUGCUGACGUUAACGCAAUAACAACAUUAAUCAGGGAUGUGAUCAGGAAUUGUGGGUCUAAAAGCAGAAUCUCUUUUAAACGAGUGCUAUGAAAAAAACCUGACGUCCUGAAAAUUUGCAUCCAUGACAAAAUUGUAAUUGUGAUAGAAAAUUAUGAUAAUGAUGUUAUUGAUCUUAAUUGUUUUCCUUAUUUCUGCCUGAAUAUCCCUAAUUAUUAGAGACCCAAGAGAUGCAUGGACUGACACACACAUACAUACAUACACACACACACACAUACACACACACACACACAAAACCACCGGUAUGAAUACAUACACUAUACACAGGGAUGGGUAAAAACUAAUCAAAUUGUAUGUUGAUGCAAAAUAAUGUACACUAUUUAAUCCCCUUUGUGUAGGAUGUGAGCAUUGACUUUAGUAACAGAGUGGUAGCAUUAAAGACCACCAAACAAAUGCACCCUGGGGACGCUGGGAAUAACUAAGUUGAGAACAACAUGUAGACUGCACCAGUUGUAAGCCAUCCCAACAGUUAAAAAAACACUAUAAAUAAAGAAAUCUUAGAGCCAAAAUGCAUUAACUUAACAAGUAUUUAUACACAAAUAUAGUACUACAUUUGGUACAUUAAUUCAUUAUUAAAUUGAUAAAUUAUUGGUGUAUCCUAUUACAUUUUGUUGUGUCUUAAACUGCCUUUACUCACAGGUUGCUCCUGUUUAUGUGUUAUAGCUUAUUAACAUUCAAAAUAUUAGUUUUGGUUGUUUGAAGCACACAGCUCCUCUUCUAAAAUGGUAUUAUCAAAUAACUUUUUAACUACUUUUAAUGUCCAGUAUUAACAACAACAUGACAUGUAUUACAUUAGUUUUGUAAUAUAUUUUAUAGAGAAGGGUCAGCCAUCAGUCAUCAGACUGGAGAUUGACAGGAACGUAGCGAUUUCUAAAUUGGGUUGAAUAUGAGAGAAACUCACUCACAAACUCAGAGCUCAAAUUUAAUACCCGCCCACUUUGGAAAUUUAUUGUAGAAAAAUUGUCAGGAUAUAGUCGACCUGAUUGGGGUUAUAUUCAAUGUUUAAUAACGCUGCGUUUGUCUACGGUUGGGUUCAGUUACCGAACAUGUCAGGUGUAUCUGGUUUCAGGUCAGUUUCAGACCGUUUUGUUAGGUAAAGCUUCAGGCCAGGUGCAGUUUUUUUUUUUUAAUACUGUAUAUAUAAUUUAUGAAGAAAUCUCUUGGUUGCAAGUAGAUACACAAAGAGACAACGUUACAUUGCACGAGCUGACCUAAUGGUAAAGUCACAGUAUGUUCAAAUGCUUUGUCUAGCCAAAUUCUCUUUUACUAAAUCUAAAUUUAAAAUGUCAUCUUGCAAGAGACUUAGCUGACUUUAUUCAAACCAAUACCACCAUUACUGUUGAUCGCUGCUUUCUCUGCGAUGCUGUUAAAGGAUCUGUAAACAAAUCUGUAUAAUUUCAUCCCAUUUAAAUACAACUCAGCUCAAGAAAGCCAAACCUUUGAGUCCCAGUUAGCGUCAUUAAACUUCUACCGUAUGUGGAAAUCCCCUGUUCUUAUAAAAUAACAAGAUGAUGAUAAAGAUAAAUGAACACAAUCAGACUUUUUCAAAAGUUCUACCCUAAUAGUGCCCAUUCAAGUCAUUUUUUAAAAUCUCUUUGCAUUAAGAUAACAUCACUCGGGCAUCAUCAGGGUAUGUUUCUAUAUAUGUAUGUAUAUAUUAAUAUACUUAAAAUACUUGUGAGACAUGUUUCCCAUCCCUGUUUAUAGGUCAUUACACCCAUACAGACACAAACACACAUCCCCAUCACAUAUACAGUACAUCAAUACACACUGACAUACAGUAUCACACAUGAGCCACACAUUUUGCACGUGCACAUGCACAUAGUAUUGUCAUGUGAGUUCUGAAGCCAACUGGAUGAAGUGCCAAACAGAAUGAGAACCAAUCAGAGCUCUCCAUGCUCAGCCAAUGGCAGCUGCUGAUACUGAAACCUGAGCCAAUAGGAGCGCUCACUGCUGUGAGGUGGACAAGAAACUGUGAACAAAGACCUUUGUUUUAAUACAUAUACUGCACUGAUGAUGGCAACGGAGGCGAGGAGGACGGAGAGAGGACGAAGAGAACGUUUGCAUGUCACUUUGAGUUUUUUCUUUCAGACGAACUUGUCAGCCUGAAGCUUUGUGCCUGGCUGAAUUUUAGUGUUUAAUAAUGAUAGUAAUAAGAAUAAUAUUAACAAUAUUAAUUGCAGUAUUAAUGUGGUUCUUGUUAUGUAUAGUGUAUGUUUUUAAGAACUCAAAAAUUUAUUUGUGCUGUUAGUUAGAAGCAAGCCAGUUAGCUGAAAAGCUUCUCCCACUACAUGAUAAAUGCCCCAGACGUGAUCAACAUCUGGUUUAAGCUAAGCUGAAAAUGUCAAGGGAUCUACUUCCUUUUCUUCUCAUGGACUCAUAUAAUUUUUGCAAUGCCCACAUGUUGUAAUUAUCAGAGAUAUUUUGAUGGUGUUAUAAUCAAGUGAUAAGGAGUUACCACGGGAUGGCUCCCAAACAUGUCAACCACUGAGAGAAAUGUGGAAAUGAUCACCUUCACUUUGCUUCAUUUUCUAUUAAACUCAUCGACUUUG